UGCAGUCGUGCUAUAAUAUAUACAAACUUGUUCUUGGUGUAGGAAGCGGCAGAUUUAAGCCUAAUAUUAUAAAUUUUAAGUGUAAUAUCAUUGCGGCUUGAUUUGUGUGUGUUGAAACUAGAGUAAACAUGGUUAUUUAAAUGAAGAAUGUACAAGAUUGCUCUCCAUUUUGAAUUCUAAAUCUUGAAGUUAGUAAUAAUAAUAAUAGUAUGAAUAUGACCAACAAAAGUGAGUCACUUGCAUUUUCAGUGCUAAAUGUUGCUUCACCAAAUGUUCGAGAAACUGCAACUAGUCGGUUCAGCAGGAAUAGUACAGGAGCUGGGAAUUUGCAGAAAUCUCUGUCAUUACUCGAAGAGGCUGGAACUACACCAGGAAGUUUGUUUCAUACCAGUGGAACAUCGAAACACACAACUCGCAUAUCUGAAAGAAGUUCUGUUUCCAGGAUUAGUGAUGUAAUGGACUUUUCAAGAAAUGCUAGUUUUUAUGGGGGUCGAGAAGUGUCUUUUUUUCAAACUCAUACUCCUGGCAAGUCAUUUCUAGCUGUUGAGACCUCUACAGUAGCAGACUACACUGUUGAUGUGACUACAACAAGUGCUGCCCUCUUGGCUGAAGAUGAUCCUGGUUUACAUGCAAGUGCUUCACUUUAUGAAGAUUUUCAAGAAAAGCUUGUUAAAUACCCAAGUGAACAUGAAAUUUUUGAACUCCUUUUGGAAUUUGAAAAGCUAUGUUCAGAGCAGUUAGUAAUGCUGAGAAAAGUGGUCAAGAAAGUUGUACCUUCUCAAAACAAAUUUAUGAACACAAUAAGAGUAUUAAAUCUUUUAGAACUAGAAAGAAAUUCCUGGCGCUUAGUUCGCACUCUGUAUCAAGAUCGGCUUCAGACAGAGUCUGUAAAAGAUCCAGAUAUGGUUUUGAUGGAUACAUUGGGAAGGCACCUAAGCGAUCGUCAAAUUAUUGAUAAUUUAUAUGAGAGGGAUUCUUUUAUUCGGCAGUGUCAACUUGUUGUUGACUGGCUAGAACAGAAUCAUGCCGAAGAUUUUGAAGACAAACACCAAAACAAAGUAAAGUUCUUCUCUGAAAGUGGGGUAGCUUGGGAAAACACACUUGAAACUUUACUUAACAAGCAGAAAAGGAUAAUAGAUCCCUUGACAAUCAGGUUAAUUGAUGAGAUGGAUCCAGAUGCUCCAAUACGCCAACAUUCUUCAUUACACGAUCUUGAUCGGGAAGAUGAAGACAGGCUUUUGAAAUGUAUGUUUGCACAUGUUCGAGCCGGUCAGUUGGAUAUGGCUCAGCAACUAGCUGAGAAUUGUGGAUAUAUGUGGCUGGCUGCUGCAUUAGAUGGCUGGCGACUACAGCAUGAUCCAAACUAUGAAAAAAUUAUUCAUGAUGGGAUUCAAAUACAACCACUUGAAGGAAAUCUUAACAGCCGGGAUGUAUGGAAGGCUGUGUGUUGGAAGGCUGCUGAAGAUGUUCGAUUACCAGUUUAUGAACGUGGAAUGUAUGCAGCUCUGAGUGGUAACCUAAAGAAUCUUUUACCUGUAUGUAGUACUUGGGAAGACUAUCUGUGGGCUUACAUGCGGGUCUUGACAGAUGUUUACAUUGAACAAGAGAUUAGAGGAUCAACUCAGCAGGAGAAAACUUUAGAAGAACUUCCAGUUCUAUUCUGGGAGCAAAUAUUAACACCACAGCAGAUAUUUCAGAAGCUGCAGGCAAGCACAGUGGAGACUGUAAGACAGGAAGCGAAGUCACCUCAUCAAGUGAUACAAAAGUACCUUAUUCUAGAUGAUAUAGAUGGUUUGAUUGAAGAGAUGUAUGAAAGGAUUCAGUCUGAGCCCUCUCCUCCACAUCACUUGAUCCGAUUCAUGGCUCAUCUUGUUCUCUUUUUACGUACUGUGGGGCGUUCAACUAAGGAGGAGCUCUGUGUUACUAUAAUUGAAGCUUUUGUUAAAGUACUGAUAGAAGAAAAACAGAACUGUUUGGUUUCCACCUAUGCUGCCCAUUUGCCACCACUAUUACAAGUGGCUUGGUAUGCUAAAUUUUUAGAGGGUAUCAAAGAGCCAUUAGAACGACAGCGAUGUUUACAGCUUGCAGAAAAUAUGGGCUUAGAUGUACCCCUUAUUACUAAAACUGUAGUAGAGAACAUUAGGUCUGUAGGAAGAGAACCUCUGAAGCCUUCCUCAGAACUUACUUCAGACACUACUGAAGAAGACUUACAGAAGAUAGAAGCUAUUGACUGGCUGGUUUUUGAUCCUUCCCAGAGAGCUGAGGCAGUUAGACAAGCUAAUGCACUAAUGAGAGUAUUUGUAGCAAGCCGAAAGCUUGAUGCAACAAGAAAAGUUUUUGCUAAAAUACCUGCUGAUUCUAUAGAUGUUAUUUUUAGACAGUGGCGAAGAAUGACAGGAAGAACAGAGCUAUCACCUGAGGAUGACAAUGCUACUCGAGAGUACAUCUGUUUCCAAGCUUACUUGCAAGCUCAUGAUGCUUUUAAUGACUGGUUUGAACACUAUCAUCAUGGUCGUCCAAAGGAACCUAAACAACCAGAGAAGUCUGAUAUUAAGUUUACAGAAUGGGUGGCUUAUGAACAUCAACAAAAGCAGUAUGAAGCAGACCUGGAAAGAUGGGAACAAGCACUCAUGGCACAGACUAAGGAUACAGUUAACAGAAUUUAUAAUGUCUUGCUGUUUGUGGAUGGUGGCUGGAUGGUUGACCAAAAAACUGCUGAACCAGAGAAGGAUGAACCUGAAGAAACUGGCCGACUAAACCAGAUGUCACUUUUACGAAAACUUUGCAUCCCACAGAUGUCCUUCCUUCUCCACACCAUUCUUCAUGAAACCAAGCAGUACAAGGAAGCUUUACAAUUGGCUGAUAUUAUUGCAUCAGAAAAGAACCAAAUCUAUAAGGAUUUCAACAAAGAACAAUUGAGGACACUAUUUCAGAAACUCAGAGAAUCAUCUUUAGUACUACUAGAUCAGAAUCAUGAUCCAUUAGGAUAUCCAUGGGAAUAGUACGUUUUUCUUUUUUAUCCCAUUGCCUCAUUUGUUCACUCAGAAUUGUGGCAAGUCUUUCUAGAAAUCUAUGUUUGAAUAAAAAUAUAUAUUUUAAA